AUUACAUUCAUUUAAAUUGGCACAAAUGUAAUCCCAUAAAGGGGGAGGUUCAUUCAUUUCACAGAAACCGAUAGGAGGCGCUAUUAGCUGCGUUCAGCUGCACUCACACAACGUGUUUCCACUGAUAUGGCCAACAUGAAGCAAGAGGAGUCGGAAAUCAGUGCAAAAACACAGGCCCGCUAUUGCUCCGUAGCCUGGAAGUACUACAUCAAAAACGAGAGCAGUGCCACUGUUUACUGCAGGUUGUGUAAGACGAACUUUAAGUUCUCUUCGAAUACAGCCAACAUGAUAAAACACCUCAGAGUGAAACAUCGACUCAACAUCCCCACUGUAUCCAACGGCGGCGAGAGACUAUGCACGGAAGAGCCCAACAAAGGCAGCAUGGACAUGGAUCUCCCACCUCAAAUGCAUCCUGGAAGUCACAACGGUCAAAUAAUUCGUCGGAGAAUGCAGCGGUUUUUGCCAUUUUCUGAUCGCCGCACGUCAAAAGUGUGGAACCACUACACACAGUUAAGUCUGUAUCGUGUUGAGUGCAACCACUGUAAAAGGCAGCUUUCCUUUCACAACAGCACUACUUCCAUGAGAGAACACUUAGGACGCAAACACAGCAUUCGGGAUGGAGCAGUUCCCCCUCACAACACAGCAGGCAUCCCCACUCCUGCAGCGUUGCAUUCUCACAUUCAGACCUCUUUACAUGGUAACAGAUGUAACACCACAGGCAAUGCUCCAUUUCAACCAGUGCUACCUGUUACUGUCAAAGAGGAGCAGGAAGAAAUACUGCCAGCUGAGAUGGCGGAGACCAAACCUGCCCGGACAACAUAUGCCCCUGAUUGUGCAGCAGGAAGCGGUGCUUCCAGUUCAAAUGCCAUUGUGCACCAAGAAACAGAUUUGGGCUGCCUAAUGUAUAAUUUUCCUGCAGGGGAGAUGAGCAGCACUGCUGGAGGCAGCAGCAACCGCAGUGGCUCAAGGGCCUGCAGCAACAAGCGAGCAGAGGUGUUGACCGAUCUUAUCUUGGAAAUGGUCUUCAGAGACCUUCAGCCAUUGUCUGUGGUGGAAGAAAGGGGGUUCAAGCUCUUACUGAGUUGCCUAGAGCCUAACUACCCUGUGCCUUCUCCAUCUCUGCUUGGCAGUCUACUUUGGCAUCGCUACCACAUCCUCAAGCAAUGCCUUCAGCAGCAUCUACAGACCAGUUUAGCUUCUCACUGUCUGACCCUCUGCACCGAAUACUGGCGAUCCAUAGAUGGGUGUGGGGUUGAUGGGGAUGGUCAGUAUUACCUUACAGUCAGUGCGCAUUUUGUCGACUCUAACUGGCGCCUGGCUCGUUGUGUGCUCGAGACCCGACCGAUAGCAGAAUUCAAAGGAAACCCUUCUGAGAGAGGGCAAGUGAGCUUUGCGGACACCUUGAGAGCAGUCCUCUCCGAGUUCCAACUUCCAGAGAACUUUGUUUUCUGUGUCGUGCAUGACAGCCCCAGUAGAUCGGAGUCCAGAGGGCAGGAGAAUAUGGCCAUUGAUCAGGAAUAUCAGCAAGAAUUUGCUGGACCCAGCCAUCCUCCUCCGGGUAAUCUUCCAGAGGGAUGGGCACCACUGCUUUGUGCAGGACAAGCCCUGAAACUCUGUGUCCAGGAAGGACUUUGUGUGGAGACUGUCAGACAAGCUCUGGCAGAUGCUCGCGCCAUCGUCCUACAUUUCCAGCAUGAUGUGAAUGCUUCUACAGCACUGAGCCAGAAAGCAAAGGCUGUUAAUAAAGAGUCCGCAUGCCUGGUCUUGAACAAUCCAGGGCGCUGGACCACUGCCAUUGAGAUGUGUGAGAGUCUGCUGGAGCUCAAGUGGGUAAUAAGCUCUGUCCUAGAGGAGCAAAAAGUAGCAACAAAUCUGGCAGAUCACCAGUGGCGUCUUAUACAUGAACUGGUUCCUGUGCUCAAAACGGUUCGCAUUGCAGCAUCAUUUUUGAGCGAGGAUAUCAAUGGACCCAUUUCGGCCCUAAUGCCGUGCCUGCAAGGAGUGUCUCGGCUCCUGGGACAGAAAAUUGCAGAGUGCACCUGUCCAGUGGUUAGGGGAGUUAUGGAGAGAAUUCGUGCUGGUAUGGACAAACGCUGGAGUCUGAGUGAUGAAGAUGCUCUUUUGGACUGCUCUGCCAUAUUGUCCUCAUUUCUGGACCCGCGUUUUAAAGAGUUGCGGUUUCUCAGCCCACAUGCUCGCAGCAAGUUGCACGACAAAGUGAAAGAGCUGCUAUCUGUUCAGGCUUUCACAAGUAACGAAGGAAUGAAUGGAGAGAGGAGACAAAGCAUGGUAAUGGAAGAGCCUGUGGAUGAACGUGGAGAACCUGCAGGUUUUGGAUUGAAUGAUUCCUUGCCAAUUCCUGCAAUGGCUUCUUUAGAUUCUCCAGAAUCGAUUGGAUCGGCGGAGGAAGGUGACAGCGUUGAGCUGCAGCCGAGCGAGCCAUCUGUUGCCGUAUCGUCUCCAGAACAGGUAAAUGAAAACACGCUUGAGGUUGGAUCACCUUUCAAGAAUGCCAGUGACCGUAAAAGACGUUCUAGCGGGACCAGUAUGACCUCGCCGCUGAGAGGAAAUUUACAGCUCACGCCUCGUAUACGGACGAGUCCUCUCCCGCAGAGCAUGUACGAUAUUCUUCUGGGCGAGGAUCCUACUGAGCGAAUGCCAGAGAUUCACCAGCAGCUGGAGAAUUACAUAGCAGAGCCACUUUGCCGACGGAGUCUCUCGCCCCUGCAAUGGUGGCGCAACAAGGAGCAUCGCUUUCCUGCUGUGGCCAGACUGGCACGGAAAUACUUGUCCAUACCUGCAACUUCUGUGUCCGCCAAUCGAGCCUUUGCCCCUAGGGAGUCCCCAGUGACCCAAAGAAGGGCCACACUGGGGUCUAAACACCUUGACCACAUUUUGUUUCUUCAUCAGAACACUGACUAUGUGGAUCUGCUUAAAGGUGGCUCCUCUGCACGUGAAAUUGAGCAGUGGAACAGUGCCAGUGGAAACCAAAGCAGAGAAAGUCUUUACCAGACUCUAGUGUCUUAUGAAAGUAAGGUUCGUGUGUCUGAGGAAGAGUCAUGAUCACGGUUUAUGUACAUAUGUACAAAGUCAAGUUAAAGGGAUAGUUCAUCCAAAAAUAUAAACUGUCAUCAUUUACCCUCAAUUUAC